AUGCUCCGUCGCAAGCCAACAGCUAUAACAAUAACCUCCGAAGAUCUAGCUAUCUUCGAAGAUUCACGACUUCACAAACUUUCACCCCAAAAUAACAACACUUCUAGCCACUCCAAAACGGCUUCAGGCGGUCUGCUUGACCCGAGCGACGAAUUGAAACCCCUUCCAGGCGAUAAAGCAAAGAUUGUUCGAUCUCGAGAGGAGAGAAUUGGGAUUAAUCGACGCACCUAA